UUGCGCGUCUCCGUAAUGAUACGUUUCCUUAAUGAAGCCCGUUACUCUCAGAACGACGCGAUGCGAUGUGACACGGAGCGGCUACCUGCCGUUUGUCCGUACGCAGUGUUGGGAUUGACUACUUAUAUUUUUCGAGAAUUAUCGCGCAACACCGGCGCCGAUAAGAUACCGCAUACUCGCAAAGUAAAGUCUUCCCUACGACGAUUAUCCGCGCAGAAAAGUUUCCGAUCGCGACCGGCCGGUCCCAGCGAUGUCCGGUUAGGUACGCGGGACGAAUCUUUCCGUUCCCGGCGAGUUUACGUUGCGUAUCGCGGUUGCAUAUUGUCAUGCACGCAGUAAGAGAAAAUGUACACAUGUCUCGCGGUACACACCACGCUGUUACUUUGUUUUUCCUCUCGCUGUCACUCAUUCACUCACUGUAUCUAUCUAUUUCUCUCUACCCCCGCGUUUGUCACAUGGUGCGCUUAUCGUGCAAAGUUACCUCGAGAACACGCACUCGUUGAUUAAAAUUUAUUUCUCUCUCGAGUCGAAUAUGUCGUUACGUACAACGGUAUCGUUCGGCCACGGCCGAUAUCUUUGAGAUCGUACAGAAACGCACGUCCCACUCUAGACUGACCAGCGGCACUUUUUUCCCUCUCGGGAUAAUCACGUGCGGCGCGAUCAGAAAAAUCGGAAGUAUCGGUUUUCCUCUACGUGCGCUUCUCUCCAUCGGAGAGUCAUUGUAGUUUAUCGUAUCUUUUAUUAUUUCAAUACAACCAAUGUAUAGCGUUCGAGUUGUCAUUUGUAUACGAUUCAAACGAAUCGUGCAACAUUGGCGCUUUUUUUUUCCACGUCAUUGUGAAAAACGAAAGGUAUAGGCGGAGAUAUGUCCUAAAAGAGAAACUGAAUAUCUCGCAGCUGCGUGAUCGAAUAGAGGAAUAUUUGAGCCUUGCGACAUCACAAAUACACGUGAUGAUAAUGAACUGAUAGGGAUACGUAUCCCUAUCCAGUGACGAAUGUUUACGUUAUGAUCGAAAUCGUUAUCGCGCUCGCUGUCUCUUUAUAUUAAUUACAAGCAUCCCAAUCGUUUUAUUAGAUAAGCAUCACAACGAGAAACGAAAAAUUUUGCGACUCUUCAACAACUUUCAAAGAAAGUUAGACAGGUAUGAAACCAUCAGCUCGCACGAGUCGUUUUGAGAAGAUUGCUGAAUUCCACGAAGACGUCUCCUCAGACUUGUCAGAACAGAAAAGAAGAUACGAGUCGUAGAAAUGUUUUCGCGACUCGUAUCGUGAGGUCGAAAUUUUUUCUUCAAAUAAGAAAACACGCCUGCGAUAAUAUUUAAUUGUUAUAUAUACCGAUAUAGGUACCGCACCGAUGCGGAUGUAGAGGUCACAAGUCGAAUCAACGACUAGACAGCAGAGCACGGCUCAGUGCGCCUGCACCGGUCGAAUUAACACACGUGAAGUGUGUAUAAUAUAAUUUUACAGAAGAUCCUAGCUUAUAAACAAUUCGUCGGGAGUUUGCAUUCAGUCGCGUUCGCCAUUGCUAUGCAUACACGCCUGUCGCAAAAUAUAUCAAAAGCACCAGAGUACAAAAGUGCCAGUACUCCACGGCAUAGAUCUAAUUACGCGUAACAUCAACGACAUGGCAUAUCAAAAAUUUUGUAUGUGAUGUGAUAUCCGAAUAUCACAAUGACGGGCACAAUAAAAAUCGCGAUAUCCGACGUGAAUUGUAAGACACGUCAUUCAGCGUAACUCGAUUCCACUAAACUUGAGCGAUCUUGUUAGACCGACACAACAUUCACUUAUCGUGGAUAAUGCCUCUUGCCGAUUGCUUUUCGCGCUUGAUGUCUCGAUCGAUCGAAAUAAUAUUUCCAAACGCAUGUAGGCUUCACCUACAUGCAGCACGGAUUCAGCAACAGGCGCUACGUGCGAGAGAAGAGAUAGAGGGAGGGGCGAUUCCAACAAACGAUGUCGGACUUCGGAGUAGAUGUUAAUGUAGUAUGUGUGUGACAACGGGAUUGACAACAUGGAUACGUCUGACCUAGGAGGAGGUAUAAAUUGUACGCCACCGGCUAUAGAAGAUUUUCCACACGACCUGUUUGAUGAGGAGCAGAGACAAGGCGGUGCCGUUGUCGUACACGUCAUCGUGUCGCUUUACUUAUUUAUCGCUUUAGCAGUAGUAUGCGAUAAAUUCUUCGUACCUGCUGUAGAAAAAAUAUGUCACGCACUCUCAAUGUCGAAAGACGUAGCCGGCGCAACGUUUAUGGCGGCGGCGACGUCGGCCCCAGAAUUAUUCGUGAAUGCCAUCGGAACAUUCAUCACGGAAGGUGACAUUGGCGUCGGGACGAUAGUAGGUUCCGCAGUAUUCAACAUCCUGGCUGUUCCAGCCUGCUGCGGUAUCGGUGCGGGAAUGGUGGUGCCUCUAGAUUGGUGGCCCGUUAGCAGAGACUGUCUCGCUUACGGUGUCACGGUUGCCAUUUUAAUAUGCAUUAUACACGAUGAACGGGUGGAAUGGUACGAAGCGUUAACGUUGGUGCUCUUGUAUAUUGUUUAUAUCGCCGUGAUGUAUUGGGAUAAAUCGUUCCAGCGGUGUACGAGACUCCGUACGAACGACGAUCAGAUAUCCACGGACGGCCCACGAGUUACGACAGAUUCUAGCGAUAUUCACUUACCGAGAUCGGACAAAUUGCAAUCUCCUGGGGAUUGUGUCGAGCCGAUAACCGUCGACGUGCCAUUGCAAAACGGCGGGACGAAGACGCAGGAGGAGAAUCCGGAUCCUAAUUACGAGUAUGAGCUGUUGGUGUGGCCGGCGCGUGCCGGAUGGUUAAGGAAGACCGCUUGGGUCACAACAUGGCCUAUUCAUCUAGUAUUUAUGUGCACAAUCCCCGACUGCGAGAAACCCCGAUUCAAGAAUUGGUUUCCCGUCACGUUCCUCAUGUGCAUCAUAUGGAUCGGGUCGCUCAGCUACGUGGUAGCGUGGAUGAUCACUAUAAUUGGCGACACACUCAAGAUCCCGGAUUCCGUGAUGGGCAUAACUUUCCUCGCAGCGGGGACCAGCGUGCCCGAAGCCGUGUCGAGUGUGAUUGUUGCGAAGCAAGGACACGGCUCGAUGGGCAUCAGUAAUUCGAUAGGAUCGAAUACGUUCGACAUAUUGCUGUGUCUCGGAUUACCAUGGCUGAUCAAGUCGUCCUUUUCGCCCACGCAGCCCGGUAGGCACUACAUCAGUAUAAAUUCCGGCGGGUUGGAGUACAGCGCGAUAUCGUUACUGUCGACGCUGAUGCUGCUGUACAUCGCGUUCGCCUCCAACAAGUUCCAGCUCGAUAGGAAAGUAGGCCGUGCCUGCCUGUGCAUGUACGCCGUGUUUCUCAUACUGGCGUCGCUGAUCGAGCUCAACGUAUUCUUCAUGGUAAAUCUACCCACCUGCCAAAGGACGGUGAAAUGAUCAAGAACUCGGAAACGAUAACCCGCCGCAAUGAUGUAACGGCGUGGUAUCCCAACUCGCAAUCCGCGCCGGAAACGUUCCUCCCCCGAACUCACGAGGGAACCCUGCACGCGAGCGAAGGGUGUUUAUUUCAGCUACACAGGACACUACCGUGUGUACAGUUUUAAUAUCACAAUGUUAUCACGUUAGAAUCUGACAGUAACGCAUUUUGUAUUUACUUACUGCUCCAGAAAUCCAAAAGUGUCUUUCCCUCCGCCACCCCUCACUCACUCACUCACUCACCCCACCUAGCCGCCGCCCGUUUUCUUAUCUUGAUCUACUCUUUCGAUCCUUAUCCCCAUUCUGAUAGUAGUCUCAUUGACGUCGCUCUCUGUCGCUUCGUUCUUUACGAUACCACCCAUCGAGUACCAGCCGAAUACGCUUUUACACGCGAACCUAACACGACUAUCGUAACUAUCGUACAAGAACGAGUGCCAUUUUUUAUUACGCUUACAUUUCCUUUUCUUCGAAAACUCAUAUCCGAAGGUUCACGACAUUCUUGAAUAUUAUUGUGCAUCUCACGUUCCACCUCACACAUAUACUCUUUCUCUCCACACACUUCCAUUGUCUAUCUUUCGAUUUUUAUUCACAUCAACGUCGACUCUCUCUCUCUCUCUCUCUCUCUUUCUCUCUUUCUCUCUCCCUCCCUCCCUCAGUCUCCCUUUUCUCCCCUUUCUUUCUUCUUCUUCUUCUUCUCCACGUCUAUCCACGCUUAUCCUUUUCUUAAGGUACGAUCAUUGUGCUUACGGCCGCGUUGCGUGCGCCGAAAGAUCAACAACUUACGAUUAGCCACAGUAACGAGCCACGGAUCUCAUGCCAUAUUCCGACCAGAAGUUCGCCCGAGAGAAUCUCCAUAGACGCGUGCGUCGAAGUUGAACGGCUCGUUCAAACGGUUCGAGGCUGAAGAAAACGAACGGGGAAGCGGGAGGGGGUCGACGAAGGGCGUUCUGCGACUGUGUCUAAUAAUUAUAAAAGCGCGAGAAAGACUGCCGCUUACACGCCGUUCCGUUCCGCAUAUCGCAGACCUCGGCCGCGUCAGUGUGUAACCGCGAGGAUGUGUUUACGCGAGUGAGCGUCAUUGUUUAUAUUCGUGCGCGACGACUGUCGUCCGUUCAAGUCGUUCAAGUCGUCGUCCAUCGAUGAGAACCUCGAUGUCGAAGCGUGUCACGUCAUCCUCGCUCGACAACGCGACGGCAAACUCUCCCGGAAUAAACUCCCCCGAAGCGGAAUAAACGCUGUUAACGAGCAACCGGCUGAGCGUGCUCGGUGCUGAGUCUGCUCGGGCGAACAUUCGUCGACGAAUUUACUCUCAGCUCUUGUGUCCGCGUCGGAAGUCGCGUUGGAUACGUCGCGCCGCGGCCGAGGGAACUGCGGAAGCUCUUCCGCCUUUCCAUCCUCACGUGUUCUCCCCUUGACGCCGUCGAUGUAAAACGAUGAAAACGCAAUACAGAGUCGGGCAGCCGAAUUCAACGAGAACCAUCGAACGCGCGAAACCUUCUCCGUGCGACACACCUUCACACGCACACACGCACACGCGCACACAAACACACACACACACACACACACACACACACACACAUACACACACAUUGCGACACGCCAAAUCUGUGACUGUAAAAAUGUGUCUAGAUAAACCGUAACUUAACAUUUAAAUAAAGUACUGUAAUAAGUUAUUAAAAUAAUACAGCCAGUAGAAAGAUAUAAAUACACCUGUCCAGCCUCCGUGAGUGUGUGUACGAACAACGAACAACUGUGUGGUCGUUACAUCCCACACAGCGUGUCUCAAAAAUCCCGCGAAAAAGUAUCUCGGUAAAAAGUAAGUCGAAUUUUUGCUACAGGCGCGCGGCCUGGUCGCGUUGAUUCGGGAGAAUCAAUGAUUGCGCGAGUGAAUUUUAUGCCAUCCGACAGCCUCGUGAGAUUUCACGUGUCAGGAAAUUGUUCGCGAUUUAAAAUACGAAGAGAAGCAAUGAUAUGCCGUCAGACUGUCUGUUGUCCGGGGAAAAGUGAAUCACACAAAAUGCGUGAUUUCUGAGAUACGCUGUACAUAUAUUGCUACGACACGAAGCGUCCGAUUGAACAGUGGAUGGACAUUUCCAUCGAUUGUAUUCACAAACUGAUAUUUUUGUGCUUCAUCGGAAAUUAUAUCCUGCGUUUGUGCGCGAA